GGGGCGCAGCCGAGCCGAGCCAGCCAGAGAGACUUAGCGGAGAGGAUCGCGCUGGAUUUACCCCGCUCCGCUCCCCGAAGAAGAAGGAGAAGAAGAAGGAGGAGAAGGAGGAGAAGAAGGAGGAGAAGCCAGCUCGGCCCUCGCUUUAAUAUUAUUAUUAUUAUUAUUUUUUGGCGGGGGGGGGGCUUUUUUCCCUCCCCCACCUCCUCUCCUUCUUUUCUUCCUGCCCUUCCGAUUUCUUUCUUCUUCUUCUCCUUUUUUUUCUCUCUCUCUCAUUCUUUCUUCCCUCGGAGGAAAGAAGAGAAGAGAAGAGAGGGAGGCUGGUGGGGGGGUGUUUUUUUUUUUGUGUGUGUUUUUUUUUGGGGGGGGGAAGAAAAUCCACAGCUUUUUUUUUUUUGUUCCUUUUUUUUUUGGUGUGUGUGUUUUUCCCAGCCAGGCGAGGGGAGAGAGACCCUCGAGGGGUUCCCCCCCCCACAUCCCCAAAAUCAUAGCCGUCCUUUUCUGCAGAAUCAGCGUCCGCACCAUGGCGGGAGAGUAGCCGUACCCCCCCACCAGCCACUCCUCGUGGCCAGAGACGGCGCAUGGGCCCGGUGUGGCGGGGGACCCAACCCAUGAGAAAGCAGCGAGGGGAGCAUGUUCCUCCUCUGGAUUAUAUGUGGUUGUGACCGCCGGAGGCUUUAGACCGGAGGAGGUCUAAAUUAUCAGCGGCUGGGGGGGGGCGCCCGUCGCCUGGAUCUGGGGGGGUGGAGGGUGGGGAACGAAGACGCGUCCACAGCGGCAGAAAGACUGGAUGCAUCGAACGUUGGAACAGUUAGGGGUCCGUGCUGGGCGGGACCCUUUUUCUCUCGGCAACCUGGGUUGUAGCGGAGCCUGGAGUUCGUGCCAUUCUCGUCCAUGGCUCCCGGGGGGCAGGUGUUCCGCCAGUGCCGUCCAGCCACCUCUGCCCCUACCGUUGCCGCCCAGCCAUGGUGCUAAUUUGGGGCAGUACAGCAAAGGCUACUAUGCCCCCGGGAAUCUUCCCCCCCGCCCCCUCCACGGGAAGCUGGAGGCCAUCCAUGGCUGCGUCCAGGCUCUGCUCCGGGACCAGGGCCAGCCUCACCUCUGGGAACAGCUGGGGGAGAUCUACGAGUCCGAGCAAGAUUGCGAGGAAGCCAUUCGGUGCUAUCAAAACGCCGCCCGGUACCAGCGCGACUAUGGGAGCUACGGAGAAAUGCACGCCCGGAUCGGGAGGCUACAACAGGCUCAGCUGUGGAAUUUCCAUUCGGGGGGGUCAUCUCAUCACCGGCACAAAGUUUUACCCCCUUUACAACAAGUCUGGAACCUGUUACAUCUUGAGAAAAGGAAUUUCUCAGCUAAGCGCAACCCCCAACUCAAGAGGCCCGGCCCCCCCAUGGAGCCCCCCGUGGUCCAGCCCAUCCCGCCGGUCCAGCACCCAGCCCACCCGGGCCACAGCGAAGAGAUGCCGGCUCCUAUGAAAAGGCGGAGGAGCACUAGUCCCGACCAGAAUGGUGGUAAUGGGGUGGGCCAGCACCUGUCCGGCCCCGGAGUCCCCGGCAAUCCCCAUUAUCAGCUGCCCAAGCCUGGAUUAUGGAACCCCCUUCAUGGAGACCUUUGGGGCCAGGAACGCAAGAACAUGGCAGCCCCAGACAGACAAGAGCAGAGGAAUUCAGUGGCUCAUCCUUUCCCCUACCCGUCGCCCGCCUACAGCUCCCACCCGCCCCCCCACCGCCUGCCGGCCAUGGCGCCCACUCCCCGCACACCGCCAGCACACCGCGCCCCCCUCGAGCCCCACGGCUGCUCGGCCCGGCCCAACGGAAGUGACCUUAGAGACGGCCGAGUCCCCCGGGUGCGUCCAGACUCUACCACCACACCAGCAACGUCCGCCUGCGUGCCUUAUGCCCCGCGCCCGACCCCAGGAGGAGCCACCAGCAGCAGCAAGACCACCUCACGGGGGCCGCUGGCCUCAGAAAGCCUUGGUCCUUCCAAUCAUUACCAAACGCCGGCAAUGGAGUCGUCCAGCCCCACAUCGGAGAACGGUGGACGCAAACCGGCCCCACCCUCCCGGCCCGCCCCUUGCCUCGCCCCCCGCAACCUGCCCUGUGCGCGCAUGCAGCCCCCGCCCCCCAACCCCGGUGCCCCCGCCAACCCCUGCCCCACCUCCUCCCCCGGCUCCCCAGUGCCCCCCGCCCCCUCCUCCCCCCCCUCCGCUGCCCUGGCUGAACAAAGCAGGGAGGGCAAGGCCGAAGAUGAAGAUCCCUUGGGGGACAUCCUCUUUGGGUGCGGCGGAGAGCCCUGCGGGGCCGACCCCCCGUCCUUGGCCAAUUGCGACUCGGGGUGCGCCUUCCAGGAUUCGGGCCCCAGCGCUCAGCAAGGGAGCUACUCUCGCCCCCGGGAAGGGGCCGGGGACACCCCCAGGCCGGCCAGCCCCGAGCCUACGCCGGCCCCCCAAUUCUGGCUAUCCGAGAGCAGCCGGGAAGAAAACGGCUCUGCGGGUACCAGACCCAAGAAUCCGAGCCCCUCGAUUACCUCAGGAACAUUCAGGUCCCCAGAAAGCCCCCCACCGCUGCCGGUGCCACCAUCCCCACCCCCGCUGCCUCCACCGUCCCGGGCCUCCUUUCCAAAGACGCCGGACCCACCCCCCGCGGUGGAGGCCUCCUCCGACCGCCUCUUCGGCUUCGCCAGCCCCCCGUUAGAAGACCAGUUUGAAGAACCCCCCGAGUUCUCCAAGAUUUUGCCAGACGGGCUGGCCAACAUCAUGAAAAUGCUGGACGAAUCCAUCCGGCGUGGGGAAGAAGAACGGGAGGAGAGCUUCCCGCCGCCGCCACCCCCUGCCCCUCUCCUCCCUAGCCCCCCACCCCUGGCAAGGCCCAAGCUACCCUCAGCCUCCACCGGUUCCUUCGAUUACCCCAAACCGCCCGGGCAGGACCCUCCCGAGCCCCCUUGCCUCUAUCGCUUUGGCAAGCGGGACACGGAAGAGCAGCGCCCCCCGGCCAUGGUGGCCGCGGGGUCCAGCGGGGCAAAGUUCACCUCCCACAACACCCCAUCUCUCCUCAAGUCUUUGGCCAGUGUGCUGGAGGGGCAGAAACACUCCUAUCGGCUCAAACCGAUGACUCCCCCAGGUGCUAAGAUCUCCCCCCCAGCCGGUGCGAGCCAGAGCCCCCUACCCCAAUUCACUACCUCAGGCCAAGCAUGGGCUGGGGGCACCAGUGGUGCCACAGAGGAGCGGGCAUCCACGCCCCCACCCUUGCCCGCCCCUCGGCCCGUGAAGACCGAGUCGGAAGUGUUAGAGGAGAUCAGCCGCGCCUGCGAGACCCUGGUGGGACGAGCGGGGCGGGAGAAGAGCCCCCCGCCCCCUGCCAGCCCCCCACCUACCCCGGCCUCCCCUCCACCCGCUUCUCUUCCGGCCCCUGUGCCUCCAGUGCCCCCGCCAUCGACUCCUCCGCGCCCCAAGGAAGAAUCCCGCAAGCCACACAUGGAACAUCGCCGGCACCGUCGAUCCAACCGGGACGGCUCGCGGAGACACCGGGAUGGUAAAGCUCGCAAGGGGAAAAACCGGCAGAUCCUGGGCAGUUUGGACGUGCAGAGCGCUGAGGGCCAAGCCCGGGAGAACGGGGCCAAGCCGCCUCCGCCGCCCCCACCUCCUCCACCCGAACGGAGGUCUCCCGUCAAGAAGGAAGAAGGCCCGGUGGGCUCGGUUUCCACCAUGGUGUGCUCGGCCGACCUGCUCAAGCUGCGCUCCUUCACAGAAGGUCCCCCCAAGGAGCUGAAGAUUCGGCUGAUCAAGGUAGAGAGUGGGGACAAGGAGACCUUCAUUGCGUCCGAAGUCGAGGAGCGACGCAUCCCCCUGAGCGAGGUCACCAUCAACCAUUCGGCAGCGGAGGUCGUGCGGGCCAGCAAGCACGCCAAGGUGAAAGGAAAAUUUAAGGAAUCGUAUUUGUCCCAAAGUCAUUCCGUCAAGCCGCAGAUCAACAUGGACGAAAAGCUGCCCCGGGAUAAACUCAGUCCCCCAACGCCAAGCAUCUACUUGGAAAGCAAACGGGAUGCAUUUUCCCCCGUCUUGCUGCAAUUCUGCACCGAUCCCAAGAACCCCAUCACCGUCAUCCGCGGCCUGGCCGGAUCUCUUCGACUCAAUCUGGGACUGUUCAGUACGAAGACGCUGGUGGAGGCGAGCGGCGAGCACGCCGUGGAAGUCCGCACGCAGGUGCAGCAGCCGUCGGACGAGAACUGGGACCUCUUGGGCACCAAGCAGGUCUGGCCGUGCGAGAGCAGCCGGUCGCACACCACCAUCGCCAAGUACGCCCAGUACCAAGCGGCUUCGUUCCAGGAGUCGCUUCAGGAGGACAAAGAGACUGACGAUGAGGAAGCCGAGGAGCCGGACAGUACCACAGAGACGCCGCCCAGCAACCCCGACCAGAAGCCCCACCAAAUAAUCAAGUUUGGGACCAACAUCGACCUCUCGGACGCCAAGCGAUGGAAACCGCAGCUCCAGGAAUUGCUGAAGCUGCCUGCCUUUAUGCGAGUCACGUCGACGGGGAACAUGUUGAGCCACGUGGGCCACACCAUUCUGGGCAUGAAUACGGUGCAACUCUACAUGAAGGUCCCUGGCAGCCGUACCCCAGGUCACCAGGAGAACAACAACUUCUGCUCCGUGAACAUCAACAUCGGGCCCGGGGACUGCGAGUGGUUUGCUGUCCACGAACAUUACUGGCAGAACAUCAGUGCCUUCUGUGACAGGCAUGGGGUAGAUUAUCUCACCGGCUCCUGGUGGCCCAUCUUAGAAGACCUCUACCAGUCCAACAUCCCCGUUUACCGCUUCAUCCAGCGUCCUGGAGACCUGGUGUGGAUCAACGCUGGGACGGUGCACUGGGUGCAGGCCACUGGAUGGUGCAACAACAUCGCUUGGAACGUCGGUCCCCUGACAGCUUACCAGUACCAGCUGGCGCUCGAACGCUACGAAUGGAACGAGGUGAAGAACGUCAAGUCCAUCGUGCCCAUGAUCCACGUUUCCUGGAACGUCGCGCGGACGGUCAAGAUCAGCGACUCGGACUUGUACAAGAUGAUCAAGUACUGCCUGAUGCAGUCCAUCAAGCACUGUCAGGUCCAGCGGGAAAGUCUCGUCCGAUCGGGCAAGAAGAUCGCGUACCAAGGAAGGGUGAAGGACGAGCCGGCCUACUACUGCAACGAAUGCGAUGUAGAGGUGUUCAAUGUCCUUUUUGUGACCAGCGAAAACGGCAGCAAGAAUACGUACCUAGUUCAUUGUGAGGCCUGCGCCCGGAAACGGAACUCGUCCCUCCACGGCGUCGUGGUACUCGAACAGUACAAAACCGAAGAAUUGAUCGCCAUCUACGACAGCUUCACCCUGGCCCCGACGCCGAGUUCAAGAUGAGCCAUAUCACGCCCAGGCGCCGAUGUCUGGGCUCGCUUUCCCGCUCUCGUUUCUCCCACUCCACUGUGAGUGUUUGGGGCAGAAGGUGCUGUAGCCCCCUUCUCUGCCUCCACCCAUCCCGAAACUGAGUCUCGAUUUCCUCUCCGUUGCUUCCUCGCAAGCCGUCCUGAGCCGGAAGGACACGGAACCGGUCACAAGCUUCGUUUCCCUCGCCUCCCCCCGCCCCCUCGGACGGACCCUGUAUUUUUUAUUUAUUCUUCUUCUUCUUCAACAAAGAAAAACAAAACACAACGGACCUCCUUAUAUAUAUAUUUUUUGUUAUUAAUUUUCCUGGGUGGUGCUGAUUUUAUUUUAUUUUUGAAAAAAAAACAAACGAAAAGAGGACAAGAAAUAGAAGACGAUAAAUCAAUAAAUCCUGAAAUUUAAAAAGAAUAUAUAUAUAUAUAAAGGGGUGAAGAACAGUUUCAUCCGAAAGGAUGUCGAUGAGAAUGAUGACUCCGUUCCUAGCGGGGGGUGGGGGGGAAAUCGGGAACUGUGCGAGAUCCCGGUUGACGGUCGGACUUCCGCGUGCCUUCCCCGCCAAUCCCCCGCGCCCCACCCCUCCCCAUCCCGGGAUGAGCAUCAUGGGCUCGGAGGAACGGAGGAAGAAGAAACCGGGAGGGGCAGCCCGUUCACACGAGCAUUACGGCCCACUCGCGCGCGAGUGGAUUUUGUGGAAGAAAGACAAGACAGUGACUUUUGCCGGGCUGCUCCGGCGUGGUGUUUUGUUCGUUAUUUUAUUUUUUUUUAAUUAUUUUUUCGUCGUUCGUUCGUUUUAAUUUACCAAUUUUUUUUUUUCCUGGUUGGAAAUUUUGAGAAAAAAACAAAACAAAAACCAGUUUGGAAAACAGAAAAAAAAAAAAAAAAAAACAACGCAAGCAAGCAAAAAAAAAAAAAUUUAAUACGGGUUUUCUUAACACAGGACUUUUUAUGGUUCAGUUCUCUUUGGGUGAACUUCUGGUUUUUUGGCGGGGGUGGGGAAGCAAGAGUGUGUACAUUGAUUUAUAUAUAUAUAUAUAUAUUGGCUGGGCGGGGCCAGGGACGAUUGGCGUGUGUGUUUUUUAAUUAUUCGGAUGGACGUUUUGAUUUCUUACAUCCUUUUAUAUAUUAUAUAUAUAUAUAUAAAUAUAAGGAGAAAAAAACAGAAGGUUUGUAUUAGAAACUGCUUUUAAAGACGAAAAUACAAAACGGACAAAAAAAUACAGAUUAUAUAUAGAGACACGAGUGCAGUCGGAAAAAAAAACCCGUUGGUGCAAAUGCCUUUCUUUGGAUAGGGGGAAAAAAUUACAAUCCUGUGCAAAAGGAGAGUUAUGGUGCUUGCCCCAAAUCAAAGACGACAACGGGUAGGUGGGGAGAAAAUGUUUGGCAAAAUUUGGCCCCCGGUGGGAUGGGGAAAGGGGUGUGUGGCUAUUCACAACACUUGUCCUAGCUAUUGUUAACCGAUUGUUAGGUGUAAUUUAGCAACAACGCUGACUCCUAACUUACCUUCCUUCCUUCCCUUAAAUCCAACGUCCUUUUAACGCUCCCCGUAAUUAUUUCGCCUUUUUUUUGCCGAUGCAAUUAUAUUUAAUUGUUUUUUUUUCCUUCAUCGAAUUCACCGGCCUAUCUUCUUUUUAAUAUUACUUUUUUUAAAAAAAAAAAAGAAAGAAAGAAAAAAAGCUAGACAGUUCUCACUCCCGAUUCAUAAACAAAACAAAAAAAAAAACAGCCAAGAAUGUCUGAGAUUUGGGGUAAUUUUUUUUUUCCCUCGCGUCUGGAUUUUUUUUUUAAAAAAUUUUUUUUACCUCCGCGUGUCAGAAUUGUUUUACAGUUGAUAAAAAUGUUCUCUCUCUCUCUCUUUCUCUGUCUUUUUUUAAUUUAUACGUCUUUUUUUUUGUUCGUUCGUUCGAUAAUGAUUUCUCUAUUUAUUGGUCCUUUAUUUGGGGGGGGAGGGUGGAAAUGUUGUUGAUUCUGCUUUUUUUUUAUUUUGUUUUGUUUUGAAGAAAAAAAAAUGUUUUUAAACUGUUGUACCUGUUCGGGUGUUGUUGUUGUUUUUUUUAAAAAGACACGUCUCUCUCUUUCUUUUUCGUCAGUCCUUUUUUUUUGAGUUUCUCUCUGGAAAUUGUUAAUGGCGUUUCUAAAAGUUUUCUUCUUUUUUUUGUUGGCCGUUUCCUGGACGUAAAUGCUCAGUUUUCUCACGGGGUGGGAGGUGGGGGGGUGUUAGGUGGGGUAGGGUUGGGGGGAAUCGGGGAGGGGGAGGAGGCAGGCAGGGGUGAGAAAAUAGAUGGAUUCUCAUCACAUUCGUUGAUUUCCUCCUGAACAGAAUCUCAUCCUAUCCUACACUGUAAAAAAACAAAAAAAAUUAAUCUUUCUUCCGAAACCUGCACUUUUUUGAAAAAAAACCCAACCCAAAUUCCCCUUUCCCUUUUAAUUACACCCUGUAAUUAAAACAGAUGAAGAUCUCAAGUUAACUUUUUUUUGUUUUUUUUGGGAAAACACACACAAACACACACACAAACGGAUUCUUUAAUGUACUGUAGGGGACAAGGAGAAAGCAAAUCUUAUUUUGUAAAUGUAAAAAAAAAGAAAAAAAAUUAAAUUAACUCACAGAGAUUAAAAUAAA